AUGAAGGAGGCAGCAGAAGUGUUGGAGUCUGCUCGGCUGGAGUCAGAAAAGUUCCUGAAGCAAGAGCGGCGAAGUCAUAGGAGGGGAAAUUAUGCGGCAUUGUCGGUCAGUCCAUCUUAUGGUGGCGGCCAAAAGAAGGCAGGCAACCUUUGUCAUUCUGAUCACCAGAACAGAAUCCUUGAAAGCCUGUUGAAGGAGAAGAGCAUCAAAAGGAUAGCAGGUUUCGCUAGUGGCAAGUUUCCUGCAUUCGGAUCCUAUGCGCCGAAAACCUACGAUUUCUACAGAACAACCAUGAGCCAGCUCAUAGAGCGCCAUCCAGAACUUCAAUGGAACUUCGAUAACAGUGUUUUUCCGACAAUGACUUUCAACAUGGGCCCUGAUACAACAUGCUUGGACCAUAAUGUUUGUACUAAUGUUCCUCAAGGUUUUUGCUCUAUAACCGCUCUUGGAGACUUCAAUCCAAGCAAGGGUGGUUACUUUUACCUAUGGGACUUGAGGCUUGUAAUCAGAUUCCCUCCAGGUUCGACAAUCCUAAUACCUUCCAGCAGCCUUAGACAUGGAACUACUCCCAUCCAGACUGGUGAGAGCCGGUAUUCCAUCUGUUGUUUUUGGGCGUUCUGGUUGAUGUGGCAUCCAUGCCACAUGGGUGCCACCUUUGGGACUCAUUGA